AUGUGGGGGAGAAAGGGGGCGCGUGGGGGAUUACGCCGCUAUAAUCAGCUUGAGAUGAUCGGGGACCCCUACUUCCCUCAAAUCCAUCCAUUCUCGCAAUACCCUACGCUUCGAGUCUACUCAUUGUCCAUCAUGUCGAGAACCACCACCGCCACCACAACCAUAACCUCCGCCAACACGCUGGCCGUCUUGGCCGAUUAUGAAGUGCACCAUAGCGGAUCUCAACAGCCUCCUCAACAAGCUGAGCAAACUGAGCCAGUAAAUUCUUCUCAACCGGCCGACUGGCCAACAGAUCACCGUCGCGUGCCAGCAUAUCGUCCUGUGCAACAGAAUCUGAGCUACGUCGAGCGUCCAGCGGGGAACGGUCACCCUGCGGAAUAUGCUUUCAUUCAAAUCAUGCUACACGGUGUCUGGUUAAAUGCGUCCGUCGCGCGACUCUGGCGCUUCACUGGGGGGAAAAUCAAUGAUAAAAUCUUCCAUUACGAUGUGGGCGGGGAGUGGUAG